ACUUAGGAGGUUAGCUGCACUUUCCCUUAACAAGUCUCCACAGAAUUGCAUAUCCCUCACCCAGAUACGUUGGGGACAUAGGCAACUGCCAAAAUGAUUCUGGGAGAAAUGAUGCAUAAAUAUUGGAAAGAAUGUGGGGAAUGUAAUGAUGAAAGAAUGCAUUUAUUUCACUGAGGUAAACGUUAUUAAAUAUGGGAACUUGUGAAUGAGGAUUUGGGGGUGUGGAUUCAAUCUUAAGGAGUUGGCUGAGAGAUAAAGGAUGUAUUGUUGCUCCGAUGGAGUCUGAGGGACUAGAAACAAACUGAAACAUAACAAAAACAUACGGCACUAUCAGUCGAGGCUGCAUUUAGAAAGAAGCAGACAGAUUCUGGAGGUUCAGGUAAAGGUUCAUCUGGAUCAUGAACCAUUUUGGAUACAUACUCUCCAUUUGUCUUAUUCUGACCACAGUGGUCCAUUGCCAACGUCGUCAACCGAAAACCAAACCUCCCAAGCCUCCAAAGCCUCCGAAGCCUCCCAAGCUUCCCAAGGCUCCAAAAACUCCAAAGCCUGGAAAAGCAAUUGUCAUUGAGCCUACAGAGCCAAGUCAUGUUACAACACUUCCACCACCUCUACCCCCAGGUCCAGUGUCUGUGUACCCAGACUGCCCAAGAGAGUGUAACUGCCCCCCUGACUAUCCCAACGCACUCUAUUGUGACAGCCGUAAUCUAAGAAUGGUCCCCAUCAUUCCACCUAGGAUCCAUUAUCUCUAUCUCCAAAAUAAUUUCAUCGAUGGUCUUCCAGAACGGGCUUUCAGGAAUGCAACAGAACUCAAAUGGAUCAAUUUGGACAACAACAGGAUUUCGAACCAAAAGGUUGAUAAGGAAGUUUUCAACAUUCUGAAUAAACUUCUUUUCUUGUACAUGGAUAGAAAUAAAUUAAGUGUAGUUCCUGCAAAUCUUCCAUCUAGUCUAGAACAACUUCGACUAUCUAGGAAUCAAAUCUCCAAAAUCCCAGCAGGUAGCUUCAGCAAGAUGGAAAAUCUCACUUUACUUGACCUCCACCACAAUAAGCUAUCUGAUGGUGUGUUCAAUAAGAAUACAUUCAAAGGUCUCAAAAGCCUAAUGCAGCUCAACUUGGCUCACAAUUCCUUGAAGAAAAUGCCUCCAACCAUACCUCAGGAUGUCUUCCAACUCUUCUUGGAUAAAAAUCAAAUCAAGGAAAUACCUGGUGACUAUUUCAAGAAUUUACACCAUUUGGCAUUUUUAAGGCUGAAUUUUAACCAGUUGACAGACCAAGGUAUUCCCAAUGGUCUUUUUAAUCUAUCAACUCUCCUAGAUCUCCACCUGUCCAACAACAAACUCAAUUCAAUACCAACCUUUAAUACAAAGCUGGAACACCUGCAUCUCAGCCACAACAAUAUUGGAAAAAUCAAUGGAACUGAAAUCUGCCCAUGUCCCAUCGAUAACAUUGCUUUACAUGCCCAUGAUCUGGAUGUGAUACCACGCCUUCGAUAUCUACGAUUGGAUGGGAAUGCGCUGGCGCUCCCGAUACCAAUGGAAAUAAGGAUGUGUUUCAGACUCCUGCAGGCAAUAGUGGUUUGAAAGCUAGUCCCCAGCAAGUCCCCCUUCCACUCUUGAAACAGAGCCAAUUUUCUCAUAGGGCUAUUAGGCCAACUUUCUUUCUGUCAGAUUAUUGCUAUGGUUGUGUUAAAUGAUCAGGCACAAAAUACUGCAGACACGGUUUCUUCCCUUUCAGAUUAUUUUGUUUCAAUUUGGACACAAAAGUAAUCUAAUAAAUGGGGCCACUACAUUUGUAUUAAACCCUCAAUAGUGUGUGCAAACUUUUGCUUCACAGGAGAAGUAUCAUAUGAAGAGGAAAGACAAGACCAGCUGAUAUGUUCAGUAUGUCGCAUAUAAAUAUGGUUUAGCCUCCAUGCACGUCAACCUAUCCUGGAAGAAACAAGGGACAAAAAACAGAUUUUAAAAAAGUUAGAAAUACUUAGAAAGGAAUAAACUUGAAACUGUAGUGAGCCUUGUACCUACAGAACACACCUUGUGAUUCCCUCUCUGAUUCUCAAAUACUCCAUUUGUGGUAUUAAGACAAUGAGCAAACAAUGACAUUGAUAUUUGCCCCUGUUGUGGUGCAGAUCAGAAGAAUGCAGAAUCACCUUUUUGUCUAAACUAGUGAAAGCUAAUAUGCCACUUGUUAUGUGAAGUCACUGUAGCAUGGUUUGGUAAUAUCUGCUGGAAAUCUUAAGAUCUAUUCCCUUUCUCUUUCUAAUUUGUUGCCUAUAUAUCCUUCUCAAUUUAAGACAUUAAGGGAUCAAUGGACUUCCAUGUGAUUUCAACCAAACAAGACCUGUGCAAUGCCAAUGUGAGCUAUCUCUCCUGUAAAUCUAUCACCAAUUACAUAUUAAUGCAAGGAAAUAAAGCAAAGGCAGCGACAAAAUACA